AGAGAGAAAGGGAGAGACAAGGGCAGAGUGAGGAAGUGAGAGAGAGGAAAAGAGAGUGAGAGAGAGGGAGGGGGUGAGGCUGAGGCAGUCACUCUGAGAGGGAAGAUUCCAGCGUGAUGCUGUUGGAUGUGAGCCGCUUUCCUCUAACCGGUCUCUGGCUGUCCCUUUGACUGAGCCAGUGGUGUGUGAGUCUGGUAACUGUGCUUUACCAGCUCUGGGGGCUCUGCUGCUGCUCAGGCUGAGGCAGAAGCUGACUGGCUGGUUCCCUGCCUAGUCUGUCUGGAGCAGAGAGGGGUUGACUGGAGCCGAGGUCCAGGGCAGGGCAGGGUAGGGCUGGCUGUAGGGCCGUUUGCGCUGGGGCCCCACAGGAAGCAAACAUGAGCGUUCCCAUGCUAAAGAUCGGGGCAGUGCUCAGCACCAUGGCCAUGGUGACCAACUGGAUGUCUCAGACUCUGCCGUCUUUGGUGGGACUCAACGGGACCACCAUCUCCAGAGGGGGCACCUCGGAGAGGAUUGUUAGCGCUCUGUACCCGAGCCCAGAAGAGGGAUGGCAGAUCUACAGCUCGGCACAGGACGCAGAUGGGAAGUGUAUCUGCACCGUCGUCGCACCAGCCCAGAACAUGUGUAACCGUGACCCACGCAGCAGGCAGCUUCGCCAGCUCAUGGAGAAGGUUCAGAACAUUAGCCAGUCAAUGGAGGUGCUGGACCUGCGGACGUACAGAGAUCUACAGUAUGUAAGGAACACGGAGAGCCUAAUGAAAGUGGUGGAGGGAAAGCUGAAGGUGGCCUCUGACAAUCCCCGCAGUCUCAAUCCAAAGGGCUUUCAGGAGUUGAAAGACAAGGUGACCCAGCUGCUCCCCCUGCUGCCAGUGCUGGAACAAUACAAGGCAGAUGCCAAGAUGAUCCUCCGACUUCGGGAGGAGGUGAGGAAUCUGUCCUUGGUACUAAUGGCCAUUCAAGAAGAGAUGGGGGCCUAUGAUUAUGAGGAGCUGCGCCAGAGAGUCCUGCUGCUGGAGACCAGGCUCCACUCCUGCAUGCAGAAACUAGGUUGUGGGAAGUUGACUGGCGUCAGUAAUCCCAUUACAGUGCGUUCAUCAGGGUCAAGGUUCGGUUCCUGGAUGACAGAUACCAUGAUUCCCAGUUCAGACAACAGAGUGUGGUCCAUGGAUGGUUACUUCAAGGGACGGCGUGUCCUGGAAUACCGCACAAUGAAUGAUUUCAUGAAGGGCCAGAACUUUGUGCAGCACUUGCUGCCUCACCCCUGGGCAGGUACUGGCCAUGUGGUAUACAACGGCUCCCUGUACUACAACAAGUACCAGAGCAACAUCAUCAUCAAAUACCACUUCCGUUCUCGAAGUGUGCUGGUGCAGCGCAGCCUAAGUGGGGCCGGCUAUAACAACACCUUUCCCUAUUCCUGGGGUGGCUCCUCUGACAUCGACCUCAUGGCGGAUGAGAAUGGCCUGUGGGCCGUUUACACCACCAUCCCCAAUGCUGGGAACAUUGUCAUCAGCCGUCUGGAGCCACAGAGUCUGGAAGUGCUUCAAACUUGGGACACAGGCUUUCCCAAGCGCAGUGCUGGAGAGUCUUUCAUGAUCUGCGGUACACUUUAUGUCACCAACUCUCACCUGGCUGGUGCAAAAAUCUACUUUGCCUACUACACCAACACAUCAAGCUAUGAGUACACAGACAUCCCCUUCCACAAUCAAUACUCCCACAUCUCCAUGAUGGACUACAACCCCAGGGAGAGGGUCCUGUACACCUGGAACAACGGACACCAGGUGCUCUACAAUGUCACACUGUUCCAGGUUAUUAAGACUUCUGGGGACUGAGAGCCCUCAGACUGACCCACUCAAAUAAUGCUGUGAUCAUUGUUCGGGGGGACAAAUAAGCUGGGUGGAGGUGGGUACAGGUUGUGGGAGGUGGGGGUUGGGGGCUUUAGUGUAUGGGCAUAGGCUUGGAUUUUUUAAAAGAAUUUCAAUCUUCAUAGAGUGCUAUUAUUCACAUUCUCAAAAAACACUCCGACAGCGACGUCGGUAAAGAUACAAAGACUGAGCGCUUCUUUUUUUUUUCUUUCUGUGAUGAGUAAGCAUGGUUCUUUUUAUUUGUGAUGAGAAAUAAAUAUCAAUCUUUACCAUUUA